AUGUCCGAGUACUUCAACGACUCUCCACAGCAUCCUGCAAAACUUAUUUGCGAGUUGUGUCGUUUGUUCUACGACAACAACUGGGUUACCGGCACGGGAGGUGGUAUCUCCAUUAGAGAUGUCGAUGGACCAAACCCAAAUAUUGUAUACAUCGCUCCCUCAGGUAUCCAGAAAGAGCGAUUGAAGCCAAAGGAGAUGUUUGUGGCUGAAUUGCCUGGAAAGAUCUUGCAUACGCCGAACGACGAGUGCAACGGUCAACCAUUGUCGGAAGAUUUGGCGAAGGGCUUCCGCUACAAGCCAUCAGCUUGUACGCCCCUUUUCUUAAGUUGCUACAACAUGAGAGAUGCUGGUGCUUGUAUCCAUACGCACUCGCAAAACGCUGUGAUGGCCACUCUCAUUUUCGAGGAUAAGGUUGAGUUCAGUAUGAGCCAUAUUGAACAAAUCAAAGCUCUCCCCCAACUAGCGGCAAACCCUGAGACAGGUAAGAUUGAGAAGGUUGGCAGCAUGCAAUACUAUGAUACAAUGGUUCUUCCCAUUAUUGAGAAUACACCACACGAGGAGGAUUUGACCGACACUUUGCAGAAAGCCAUCAGGGACUAUCCACAAGCCACUGCAGUUUUGGUGCGUCGCCAUGGUAUAUAUGUGUGGGGUGAGAACGUUUGGAAGGCCAAGGUGUAUAACGAGGCAAUCGACUAUUUGCUUGAGUUGGCGAUUAAAAUGCACCAAUUUGGCAUCCCGCUAGUCAAAAAAUAG